AUACUUGGGAAGUGCACAUAUACGUACACCUGUACCUGCGCCUGCGUCGUCUUUGAGGGGGAAUUCCCGCCAUGAAUCGGAUUUAAUCAAACGCUCAAAAUUACAAAUAUCGGAGCUUAUUUGCAAAAUAUCCUUACUUCAUGCUUCAGAAUGUAGACAAUUUGUAAACUUUUUAGCAUAAAAUAAUUGCGAAAAAAUCCUAAUAAUGAAUUUCUUAUCAAUUAAAUACACAAUUCUCAACAUGUGGGACUUACAUUUUACCAAUAAUUUUGGAACGAGCCUGUUGAUAACGUCACCACGCCCAUGACAAUUCACUUCAAAGCUGAUAUGUAUUCAUGUACUUUUUAAAGAUUUCAUGAAAAUUUGUUUCUUUGCUCCAACAAUAAAAAAUAUAAGUUAAGUUGUUAUUUUUAUUAUGAAUAUAAACUCACAUAAUCUACUUUAAUUCAGGAAAUAAUGCAAAAUAUCUCAGCUUCAAUGAGAACUUUAUUUUUAAUCGCUCAAAUAUUAUGCUUUGUACUGCGGUUUCACUCACCGCGCGCGUAUAAUUUACUUCCCGUGCUCGAUGAAUGAAAAGAAAGUGUCAAACGUUACUUUUUCUGCAUUCGACUCUUGUCCAUCGUCGUCACAAUGUUUCGCUUAAGGACAUUUGAGGUAUGAAGUCUCUUUUCUGACGAAAAAGGAACAUCGGAAGAGACUUUCAAAGAACAAAACAUACCACUGUUGUCAGAAGGGAAGUAGUCUUGACCCUCACAGAAUACUGUGCAUGGGACUACACAUUUGAAGAAGGAACACACAGAAUACUGUUUAUGGGACUACACGUUUGAAGAAGGAAGAGUUGCAAUCCUACAUGAAGAACAGUUAACAGGACCAGAGUCGAUCCUCUCAUUCUGUGAAUUGUUGAGAGUGCAUCAGGGAACGGACAAAAGAUUCUUUGUAUCGAAGAAGAGAGAAAUAAAGGACUCUUUCAAAAUGGGUAAAAUGCUUUCAAAGAUCUUCGGCAAGAAGGAUCUUCGGAUUCUUAUGCUAGGAUUGGACGCUGCAGGCAAGACAACGGUUUUAUAUAAACUGAAACUCGGUCAAUCAGUAACCACCAUACCUACAGUAGGAUUCAAUGUAGAAACAGUCACGUACAAAAACGUCAAAUUCAAUGUCUGGGAUGUCGGCGGUCAAGACAAAAUUCGACCUUUAUGGAGGCAUUAUUACACGGGAACUCAAGGGUUAAUCUUUGUAGUAGAUUGUGCCGAUAGAGAUAGGAUAGACGAAGCAAGGCAAGAACUUCAUCGGAUAAUAAACGACAGGGAAAUGAAAGAAGCCAUAAUCCUCAUCUUCGCAAAUAAACAAGACCUUCCAGAUGCAAUGAAACCCAUCGAAGUCCAGGAGAGAUUAGGUUUGACGAGAAUUAGGGACAGGAACUGGUACGUUCAACCUGCUUGUGCGACGUCAGGCGAGGGCCUAUCGGAGGGUCUAACGUGGCUCACUGCUAACAGUAAACCAUGAUGAACACAAACAUAUAUAUAUAUUACAAAAAAAAAAUAAACAAAAAAAUGUCUGCCUACUUUUCUUAACCUAGCUCUUCUGCAAGGGGAUUUAGAAUAAAAAACAAGUUUGAAGUCUCUUCCCAAUAAUAUAUAUUUGGGUUUCAAAUUUGUGCUGCCCUAGCUUGGUGAUGUAUAUGAAGGAAUUCAAUGUGUAUUUGAGAUUGAGAGGAAGUGAUAUGGAGAGGGAUAUAUAAAUAAAUAAAUCCUCUUGCAUUGAAGCUAGACUAACUACUCUAUACCUUCUUGUAAUCUUAUAUACAUAAAGACAAUUUUUUUAAUAAAAAAAGAUUUGUUUAUACUUACUGUACAAAUGGUUAAGUAGACAAAAUUCUCAGCAGAGUUUUUGUUAUGUGUAAAUUGCUCAUUACAUUGUUACCUGUAUGUACAAAUCUCUUAUAAUUAUUAUUUAGUGUGUAAAGGCCUGUUUACACUUGAAGCAGAGAGCGUUUUGUCGCGCAUCAUUCGUGUUUACAUGGUGCAGCAUGUUCAGAAUUGAUUUAUUUUGAAAUUGAUUUUAGUUGCACAAUGCACCCCAUGACGACAUGCUUGUAACAUCAGGGGACCAUAGCACAAAAGUUAGCAAGUAAUCAUAUGCUUGAAUUAUCUAUUAAUUGUGCAUUGACUACAUUGUAGUCAAUGCAAUCAGUCGUAGAGAAAUGUACUACGAUCUUUGCUAAGCUUUGUGUUAUUGGCUCCACUUAUAAUUGCCAUGUCUACUGUAUUUCAUUAUAUUUUUCUCAAAUUGAUAUGUUUUUUUUAUCUUAAAAUCAAAUGUCCAUAUUUACAUCAGUAGCAUCAUAGGAUGAUACCAGUUCCUCUUUUUUUUUAGAAAUAAAGAGGAAUAUGUCUUGCUGCUCGCAGUAUUAGAUUAUUCCUAGUGUUUGGUUAUGAGAGUUGCAAGGAUUCGUCAAGCUGUUAUGGCACAGCUACACUGCAAAAACACACCGGUGUUGAUUUAGCACCAGCCCGUUAUCUAUGUUGGCCCACAACAGAAAGGUGUUGAAACAACACCAGUUAAAAAUCAACACUUAACACUUCAAUUGGUAUUGCAUAAAUGCCAAAUUGAUGUUAGUCUUUAACGUCAAACCAGUUUUGUUUCAACACCUCUCUGGUGUGGAAGAUAUUCAUGUAGAUACCAGGCUGGUGUUAAAUAAACACCGGUGUGUUUGCAGUGCACUUUAAACAGCACCAGCUGAAGGCCUAAAUACUCCAUGGGGUGUUACAAGAAACUUGAAGUCGAUUGCAAGGCAAUUUUAGGUCCGGAAAUCAAUCAUAAGUCUUGAAAUUAAUUGCAAAUUUGUGAUUGAUUGCUAAUCUGCUUCUUAAAACAAAGCAGUGUAUUCUGGUCUGGGCCCAGUCUUACAAAGAGUUACAAUUGAUCCAAUCAACCACAACUAUGGAAGGCCAGCAAUGUCAACAUCUAUGCUUGUUCAAAAUGUUUUAUAGAUAUGAUGUAUAUUCAUACGUUCUCUGAUUUCUUGACAAUUUAGUAUGCUUCUCUAUGUUUUCAAAAGAAAAAUUAUGAAAUCGAUGGAUUUCUAUAUAGUUGAAAUUGAUUGGAUCAAUCGGAAGUCUUUGUAAGACGGGGCGCUGAUUUGCUACACUCUAUCAAUUAAUUAAUUGCAAAAUUGCAGCAGAAUAUUUGCAAUUGAUUGCAUAUAUUUUCUUCCAACACCCCCUAUAUAGUUCUUGGAUGUUUACCCACAAUGCAACCUUCCAACUAAAUUAUGGUGUCUCAUAAAAUCUACCCAAAUGAAUGAUAAUAAUAUUCCACCACUCUUUAACAAACCAAUGCCACAAUAUUUGCAUGGUAACAAAAUAUCAACAUUGUGGUUUUAUGCUGCAUUCCUGCUCUUCUAUAAAAGAAAUCGAAGCUUUCUGAAGGAAAAUGCACGAUUCUGGUUAAACAUUUGGCCGGCACUUUCAUGAAGAGCUCCCCCGAUUUCCCUUGUGUUAUCUAUGCAUUUGUAAACUUGAUUUAUAAAUAGGCAAAGUAGGAUUACUGCUAAAAGGGAAUAAUAGUUUCAUUCAUAUAGCUAUAGAUAUUCAUUCAAUUGGUUCAAAGCACAUGCUUGUAUAUAUUUUAGCCUACUAUUGACAUGUGACAUUUGAAGCUGUCAUGUGACUUAAUCACCUGACCAGUCAGAUGCAUUGUUGUACUGUAAUGUACAUGUUAUUUGAUUUGCUUGAAUUAAAAUCUUGUCUCUUUUUACACCUAUUUCACAACGUGUUGGGUAAUGUAAUUUUUUUUCUCUCCACGAUUGUCAGGUGCUAAUGGUAAUCUUUGUUGUUAAAUAAUACAAGAAACAUGCUGGCAGGUUUUCACAAUUCCGAUUUCAUAACUCUCGCGUUGCAGUAUAAUUUCUGUAAGUACACAUAAUGGCAGAGUGUGUCCAGGGACCGGUCUCACAAAGAGUUGCGAUUGAUCCGAUCAAUCACCACACAAAUAUUUUCUAUGAUGUAUAUUCAUGCAUUCAUUGUUUUCUUUAAAAUUAUCUUUGUUGACAAAGGACAUUGUUCAAAUUUCCUGUAGAAAAAGUUAUGGCAUGCAAGGAUUUCCAUAGAGUUACAACUGAUUGGAUCAAUCGUAACAUUUUGUGAGACCGGGCCCAGGAUUCAUCCUCCAGUAAUUGCAGAAAACAGAAUCAAUUUGAAUGAAAAAUAGGUCGGAGGAGUUCAGCUCCAUUUCAAAAUUAUUUUUAUCUAUGAAAGUUGGUAUUAAGUGCAUUUUGUAUCAUUCUAAGCUUGAUAUUAUUUUUCUACAACAAUUUUUUUCAAAAUAUUAUUUUGGAAACGAUUUUCCAAGGAACGUGGGUCAUUUUGAUAAAAAGUUUGGUCAAGGAUUAGGUAGAGUAUUGAAACAAACCUCUUAAAAUGGUUUAAAGCCUACGUACGAAAGCGAUUUUCAUAUACAUAAGAAUCUUGAUUUGUAAAGGACCUUUCAUAAGCUAAAUAUUUGUUUUUAGUGAAAGUAGUCUUACAGAUCAGAAUAUGCCAAACGUGGUGAAGUUGAAUUUCGCAAACAUGUAGCAUUUCUGAAGUCUUUAUACAGCCAAACCUGUGUCAGUGCCCACCUGCCUAUAGUGACCACUGAAACCGAUUCCCAUGGAGGGAGAUUGUGUGUAUAAGAACCUGUCUAUAGCAGCCUCCUGUCUAUAGUGACCACUGAAACAGCUUCCAUGGAGGCAGAUUGUGUGUAUAAGAACCUGUUUAUAGCAGCCACCUUGCUAUAAAUGCCACAUUUUGUAUUUCCCUUUAUAGGUGGUCACUAUAGGCAGGUUUCACUGUAUAUGGGACUUGGGCAGAAUAGGUAUUAUUACAAAGUAUCUCGAAUGCUACAAUUAUAUUUUAGUCCUAACUUGAUAAUUAUGUGCCAUGGACCUGGGUUGAAUGUGAAACUUAAUUGACUAAUAAAAUGAAGUCAUUUAAUGAUAUUAAUUGUAAAUCUAAUAAAUGAUUUUUUUUUAAAUGCAUACAUUAUAGCGGCUGCAUAUCAACAAAAUCAAGCUUUGCAUUGCAUAAACUUGUACUUGGGAACACUUUAAGUUAUUUGCCAUAGGGCUGUUCACACUGUUGUAUGUGAUUCUUCCAUGAAACGUAGAGGAGUAUACUUCCUACUGGGGUAUAUCAUUGGGACAGAUUUAUUUUCUUGCUUUGUGUGUGUUUAUAUAUGAUUGAAAAACAAACAGAUGAAAUUUGGUGCAGUAGAUGUGUGUAUUGCUUUCAAAUGUAGGAAAGAUUAUAUGUAUAUAUCAUUAUAUAUAGAAACCUGCUUUUCAUUUCAAAUGGAAGCAAGUGACGACAGUCCUGUGCCCCGUCUUUACAAAGAGUUGCGAUUGAUCCGAUCAACCACAACUAUAGAAAGCCAGCAACAUCAACUUCUAAAAUGCAUGUUUGUUUAAAUUAUUCUCUAGAUAUGAUUUAUAUUCAUGGUUUUCUUGACAUGCUCCUCAAUCUGUUUACAAUAGGAAAUUUUGAGAAUUUCAUGUAGGAAAAAUUACGACAUUGAUGGCUUUCCAUACAAAGGUUGAUCGGAUGAAUCGCAACUCUUUGUAAGACGGGACCCUGGUGCGCAUUUCACAGAGCUAAGUGAAUGAUCAUAACAUUGAUUCUUAGGAUUGAUACUACAUAAUAAUCAAAUGUAAUCAAUCAUAUAAAUCAGACCUAUGAUCAGAUACUAAAUUUUGUGACACAGUCCCCAAAGUUUGAUGCUAAAUUAGAGUCAUUUAUUCAACCCUGACUUUACUUAAUAUUUUUCUUUAGCUAUUAGCUACUAAGUGCUGUUUUAUGUCAUUGUCUAAAAAUAUGCAAACUAUGUCAUUUAAAUGACUGCAAUGUUAAAGCUUAUCCAAUGGGUGAUUUCAAGUUCAGUGUUGACCUUUUGGUGUUGGUGUUAGGUCACUUUUUGCACGAUUAUAACGCCAAACAUAAAAUGAAGAUGGACCUGAAAAGUAACUCACUAGUUGUUGAGGUGUCAAUAAUGUGAUCUAGAUCAGUUUUACAAACUCUGAAUAAGUUUUGGAGCUAGGGGAAGCAAUCCAAAUUUCAACACCAAGGCCGACACCGGACUUGAAAUCAGGUUUUGUGAGUUGAUUGCGAAAAGAAGCCAACCCCCACCCCAAAUGAAAAAGGAAUUAUUUUUCCUUUCUAUCCUUUAAAGGCAAUGCUCCAUGGGUCAUCGUAGUAUUGUAUUAAAAUGAUAUUAAAUGACAAAUAUGUUUGUCUUGUUACAUAUUCACAGGAAGUGUCUCUCAUUUUUUUCUCACUUAUUUCCGUUUGUAUUUGUUUGGCAGGAUUUCUCUUGUAAUUAUUUACCUUUUCCUCUUGUAGAUGCUCUUGAUCUUCCCUCCUGCUUGGAAUGGAAUGGUCCUGUAUUGUAUUUAUAGCAUAGUUUAUAUCUUGAGUGGGUCAGCACCACUUUUAUAUGAUAGGGGUGUAUUUCAUGAGAAAUUCUUCCACUCAGUGCAUGUUUUGUGAAAAGCUAUUGCUAAAGGAAGAUUUCAUGUUAUGUCUCAAUUGAAAACUGUAAAAUAAUAAAGACAUGAAUUUGAAUGUA